AUGACUAGGGCUAAUCCUGGGUUUUUGCAUCCAUUUAUUUCUGAAAUAGAUAGAGAAUUUCAUAGGUUAAUUAGAGCACGUAGAGCUUUUGUUAUUGAUCCUCAUUCAAGUGAUUCUGAUUCUGACCUUGAUUUUGAUUCUGAUUUUGUUGCAGUUUCUGAUAACAUGGCUGAAGAAGGACCGCGAGAGAGAACAUUAAGGGAGCUGGCUGCACCUGAUUUCACCUACAAAAGCUUGUGUAUCCAGUAUCCUGAGGAUGUACCAUGUGUACUCAAAACUGGACUAAUCCAUUUAUUGCCUAAGUUUGGUGGUCUUGCAGGUGAAGAUCCUCAUAUGCAUAUCAAGGAGUUUCGUACUGUCAUAUCCACCAUGAAGCCUCCUGAAGUUGACAAAGAUCAUAUAUGUUUGAAGGCUUUUCCUCAUUCCCUUCAGGGAACUGCAAAGACUUGGCUGUAUAACCUGCCUCCUUCAUCCAUUGCAAGCUGGGACGACCUGAAAAGAAAGUUUCUUGAGAAGUUCUUCCCUGCCUCUAGGACAACUUCAAUCAGAAAAGACAUCUCAGGAAUCAGGCAGCUACAUGGAGAGACUCUACAUGAAUACUGGGAAAUAUUCAAGACACUAUGUGUGAGCUGCCCCCAUCACCAGAUUUCCGAGCAGCUCCUAGUUCAGUAUUUCUAUGAGGGUUUGCUCAACAUGGAGAGACAUCUCAUUGAUGCUGCUUGUGGAGGUGCAUUGAAUGACAUGAAUCCUACUGAAGCCAGGCAGUUGUUUGAGAAGAUGGCUGCUAAUUCUCACCAGUUUCAAACAAGGAGUAAUGAUGUUGUUAAACCUGUUAAUGAGAUUGGGACAGAUCCAAUGAUGGACAAGCUUGAGAAGAGGAUGGAAACCAUUGCCAGCUUGGUUACUCAAUUGGCCAUGAACCAGAAUAAACCUUCACAACAGGCAAAGGUUUGUGGCAUUUGCACUAAAGACCAUAAUACUGAUGUUUGUCCUUCUCUGCAGGAACCUACAGAUGAGAAUCCUGAAGCAUAUGCUGCCAACAUUUUCAAUAAUCGACCUCAGCAAAAUUAUGAUCUGUCAUCUAACAGAUAUAAUCCUGGCUGGAGAAAUCAUCCAAAUCUUAGAUGGUCUGAUCAGUCACAACCUGCCCAAGCACCGUUUCAGAAUAAUGCUAGACCAUAUGUUCCUCCUCCAAUGCAACAACAGGCUAACAACCCUGCUGCACCGCAAUCUAAAGAAUCUUCAUUGGAGGAUAUGUUGAAGCAGAUGACAGCCCAAAACAUGCAGUUCCAACAAGACACCAGAUCCUCUAUUCAGAAUCUGACCACCUAG